UUAUCUAAUAGUAUUCAGAAUUCUGACUAUUUUCUUAAUAUUUUUUUUACAGGAUUUUUGAGUCUUCACUUUAAAUCCUUUUAUUAUCAGUGAAGCUGAAGCCCCACUGUGCCAGGACCUCUGUGUGCCAGGACCUCUCAUAUAUUACUAGCUCUUUGUGAGAAGUACUCCACAGUGCAAUAGAGAGGCAGGAAAAUUUAAAUGGGGAAAACUUCCAAAGUAAAAACUUUAACUUCAGGCUUUAUCCAGAAUUCUGAUUAAAGCGUGUUUACAGGCAUCAAGAUUAUGGCUUUGUGGGACACAGAAGGAAAAGUGAUGCAGAAUGAAAACUGGAAGGAUUUCUAAGGAAAUAAAGAAUGACAGAGCUUGUAGAUGAAGAUAUACCUGCAUGUUAAUGAGUAAAAAUCUGACUAGAGGGCUUCUCAUCGGAAAUGAGAGCUGGGCUGUGGGACAGAUCAUGCAGUCAUAGAAUAUCCUGAGUUGGAAGGGACACUCAUGGAUCACGGAGACCACCAACACCAUACUUGUCAUUAGCUUCAGAAGCAAAGAAUGGAAUCGAGACACAGGUGUGACAACAAAAGAACAGAAAUAGAAAGAAAGAAAUCCCAAAGAGAAAAAGAAGGAAAAAGAAAGCGAAGAAGGAAGACUCAGAUAUUGUGUCAGGGUACUGAGCAAAAGGCACCAGGGACCACUGCCCACCUCCCUGAGUGCUGCUCCUCAACUUGGGGACAGAACAGUCCCAGACAGAAACACACUGGUGUUCCAGUCAGUUGUGACAGGACAAUCCUGAGUGAACAGAAGAUGAAUCAGUGGGUAUUAGAAGUUAGAGAUGGAUGGAUUUACUUGACUUUCUCAAAGAGGAAAUGCUGCUCGGCCAAAACCAACUUUCUGAUGACAACAGCAGGACCAAAAAUUUGACUCAGAAUUAGUGAGAGCUGAAAGUCUGAUUGCCUUUGGAGUUGCUGGAGACUUCUGGAGAUGUACAUCGUGAGUUCAUACGGUUUUUCUGAGGGUUGCUGGAACUGAAGGUAUAUGGAAGAAGGAGUUCUAAGUUUCUGAGAUAUUGCAAAAGAUAGUUCCUCCUCUCAUCCUGGAAAAUCCUGACAGACCAGUUGGAUACCUUUCAGGCCUUAACUAAGGACUUUAUCUGUUCAUCCCACUGUCUUUUGUACUGUAGAAAGACCCAAGACACCCUUAAGAACUGAGAAUCUGACUAAUUUAAACAGAUGGCUAAUCCCAGUGCUGUCUGUAAUGGACAUCUACAUCAUCAUCACCAUCAGAAACAGAAUAACGUCUUAAAAAGUGGAGUCUGUAAGAAAAAUGGAAUUACCAAAGGAGUUAAGAAGAAUGGUGUAACAAAUGGAACUCCCCACAAAAAAACAUUUAUUGAGCACUUUGAACAAGCACCAAUGUAUGUUGCUGUUCUUACGUUUGUGGGUUUUGGAGUGGGCACAAUAUUUGGUUACCUGCGAGAUUUUAUGAGAGCCUGGGGACUAGAAAAACGUAACGUUGCACAGGAGAGACAACAACAAAAAGAUUUUGUGCCACUUUAUCAAGAUUUUGAGAACUUUUACACCAGAAACCUCUAUAUGAGAAUACGUGAUAACUGGAAUCGUCCAAUUUGCAGUGUCCCAGGGCCGCAGUUUGACCUCAUGGAACGCGUUACAGAUGAUUACAACUGGACAUUUAGGUUUACAGGAAGAACCAUCAAGAAUGUAAUCAAUAUGGGUUCUUAUAACUACCUCGGCUUCGCAGAAACAGAUCCUAACGCUUUGAAAACUGUAACCAAAGAGCUACAAAAAUAUGGAACAGGAAUCUGCAGUACUAGACAAGAAAUGGGGACCCUAGACAAGCAUGUAGAGCUAGAGAAUCUUGUGGCCAAAUUCCUAGGUGUGGAAGAUGCUAUGGUGUUUGGCAUGGGAUUUGCAACAAAUUCAAUGAAUAUUCCAGCACUUGUUGGAAAGGGUUGCCUCAUUCUAAGUGAUGAAUUGAACCACACUUCUCUCGUUCUUGGUGCGAGGCUUUCAGGUGCUACUAUUAGAAUCUUCAAGCACAAUAAUAUGCAGAGUCUUGAGAAAUUAUUGAGAGAUGCAAUAAUAUAUGGCCAGCCUCGAAGCCACAGAGCAUGGAGAAAAAUUAUCAUCCUUGUGGAAGGCAUUUACAGCAUGGAAGGGUCCAUUGUGCAGCUGCCAGAGAUAGUCUCCUUGAAGAAGAAAUACAAAGCCUACCUCUAUUUGGACGAAGCUCACAGCAUCGGUGCAGUGGGAGCAACAGGACGAGGAGUUGUGGAGUACUUUGGUAUGAAUCCUGAUGAUGUUGACGUAUUAAUGGGAACAUUCACAAAGAGCUUUGGUGCAGCUGGAGGAUACAUAGCUGGCAAAAAGGGCCUCGUGGACUUUUUACGAACUCAUUCUCACAGUGCUGUGUACGCCACAUCUAUGUGCCCACCUGUGGCAGAGCAAAUCAUCAGAGCGAUGAAGUGUCUCAUGGGGUUAGAUGGAACAACGCAAGGGCUCCAGAGAGUGCGCCAGCUAGGGAAAAACACGAGAUACUUCAGAAGAAGACUGCACGAAAUGGGCUUCAUCAUCUAUGGCAAUGAUGAUUCUCCUGUGGUCCCAUUACUCCUUUAUAUGCCUGGUAAGAUAGGGGCUUUUGCAAGACGCAUGUUAGAAAAAAAUAUCGGGGUUGUUGUGGUUGGGUUUCCAGCUACUCCUAUCACAGAGUCCAGGGCUCGGUUUUGUGUGUCAGCUGCACAUACACGGGAGAUGUUAGACACGGUUUUGAAUGCUCUGGAUGAAUUGGGUGAUUUUCUACAGCUGAAAUAUUCACGGUAUUCCAAGUCAUCUCAUCCUGAACUGUAUGAAGAAAGUCGGUUUGAAUUUGAAGAUUAAGUUUUCUGCCCAUGAAGAGAACAUUAUGAUGCUACAAAGGGGGGAAAACCCAAAAACCAAAUAUGAAUGCAUUUCUUUCCUUCUAAGGACAAUUUUUGUUUCUCAGUUAAUUGAAAGGAGGGAAAGCUUGAUUUUUGCGUUUUAAUGUAUCAAAUUUCUGUAUUUAAGAGACUGAAAUAUUGAUACAGAUUUGCCUCCCAGGAGAUCUGUUCUUCUUAUGGUAUUUUUUAUGCAGAAUGAAUGCAUCCAUUGAUCAUGUUGCUAGCAUACCGCUUUUGUUAUGGCCCCUUUUUAUGAAGAGGCUUCAGAUAGUCCUAAUUUUGACUGAAAGAAUAAAGGUUAAAAACCAAAUGGAUCCAGUGUAUACUGUAUCCAGUAUGGCAGUAUAACUGAGCUUCAUCAGUGAAAUUGAAUUCUGUCUGCUGAAGAGCAUAAAUCAAGACAUCGCUGUGGAUUGCUACAGAGCAGAAAGUGACCUCUUAACUAAUUUGCCCUAUCGUGCCUUUUUCCAGGGAUAAAAAAAGAGUUAGAAGACGGCUAAUGCUGAGAACAAGAACAGUUACCUCAUCAGAUAUUUCUGACAACAGAUUAUGGGAAAGAGGAAUGUUUCCUCCCCUCCACAGACCCUUUCUCUGCCACUUCAAUAUACUGUAAGCCUCAUAUUAUAGAAAAGUUGGGGCUUAGAAAUAAAGAAAUGUUUUUAUUCUAAUGUAUUUGACCUACAGCCUUCCCCAUCUUAUCACGACGAGAGCUUCUCAGCAGGCUUGCUCCCUUUUCAUGUAGCAGCAGUAAAUAAUUUUAAUAAGCAUUUAACUUUCCCGUAAAAAGCUUGAUCAAAACAGUCAGAUACUCGCAGUUCACAAACUGCAGAUGACAUUUAUGGGCCCAUUCCUAAGUUUCCUGAACUACUUAUGGGCUUAAUAAAUUCACUAACAAGUACAUAAUGCCCAAGUUGUUAGUUAUACAGAAUUGUGACGUUCGGGAUACCAUGAGCAGUUCUCCCACCUGCUAAAUUGAGAGCUCUGCCAUUCCUAACUGCACUAAGGUCACCCACUUAAUAACAUUUCUUGAAAUGUUCUUGUCUGGUUUAUGCAUGUCAGGGACUGUUUUGCUUGUCAGGCUGCAGGCUUUUUGAGUGGCUUAUUUUUCAAAUAAUUGAUUAUGUCAUCUGAGAGGAAGACGUCCUUGUUCUCCUUUCCACUGCUCAAGUGACAAAUGCUCAAAGAUGCUUGGAGGAAAUGUUACAGUCUGCAGCUUCCCUGCAAUGCCUUCAGCAGCAGAACCAUCGGCCUCGUGUGGGCUGGGUAGUUGGAGGGAUAUUGUAGCUUUUUCCCUUUUCUGUGGUGUUGAAAAGUGGUUCUGCAGCUUUAAGAAUGAACUCCAAACCAUUCCACACUAUCAAAUGUCAUUGUAAACACAUCAGAUGAGAGAUGUUUAGGUUUCUGUUGCACAGAUGUACCACACUUUCAUGUUCUCUUGAAAGCUGUGGUGUAAACUUAACCCGCAGCUGCAAUAUUAGAUUUAAGAACAGUACAAUUAAAUUGCGGAGUACCAAUUACACUAUAUUACUCUCUGCUUGUUAAAGCUGCUUUCAGGAUAUAACAAGGCUGAUUGGUUAUGAGGGGCCACUUUUUGUUGGGUUUUUGUUGUUGUUGUCAUGCAAGUUAAUAAAAAUCCAGUGGUGCUAUAA